AUGUACCCUUAUACCUUGUUUGCUACCUCCCGCGUCCGGCCUCACACCCAAGCUCCACCCAUUCCCAAGCUCCACCCAUUCCCAAGCUCCACCCAUUCACAAGCUCCACACAUUCCCAAGCUCCACCCAUUCCCAAGAUCCACCCAUUCCCAAGCUCCACCCAUUCCCAAGCUUUACCCAUCCCCAAGCUCCACCCAUCCCCAAGCUCCACCCGUCCCCACCCAUCCCAAGCUCCACCCGUCUCCACCCAUCCCCAAGCUCCACCCAUUCUCAAGCUCCACCCAUUCCCAAACUCCACCCAUCCCGAGCUCCACCCAUCCCGAGCUCCACCCAUUCCCGAGCUCCACCCAUUCCCAAGCUCCACCCGUCCCCACCUAUUCCCAAGCUCCACCCAUUCCCAAGCUCCACCCAUCCCCAAGCUCCACCCAUCCUCAAGCUCCACCCAUCCUCAAGCUCCACCCAUUCCCAAACUCCACCCAUCCCGAGCUCCACCCAUCCCGAGCUCCACCCAUUCCCGAGCUCCACCCAUUCCCAAGCUCCACCCGUCCCCACCCAUUCCCAAGCUCCACCCAUUCCCAAGCUCCACCCAUUCCCAAGCUCCACCCAUUCCCAAGCUCCACCCAUUCCCAAGCUCCACCCAUCCCCAAGCUCCACCCAUCCCCAAGCUCCACCCAUCCCCAAGCUCCACCCAUCCCAAACUCCACCCAUCCAUCUUUACCCAACAAAUCACACACACAUUCAUACUUCCACACGCAAGAAAUCAUAGAAAUAGAAAGAGGAAAAAACUGA